ACAAACUCUGCACAUCGACCAGCUUAAACAAAUAGAUAGGCCUCAGUGUAGAAAUCUGAGAUAGGCUGGGGUUUUUUUUUCCCUGUUUUUUAUUAUUUUCUUUUUUUCAUUCUGCAGCCUUAUUCUCCUUCAGGGCAACUUGGGCCAGAAGAAUUUGAGUACCUUUUGUCGCGUGUUUCAGUGUAACAAGGGCAUAUUCAACGGAUAAAGCGCAAUCUAGUGCCAGCGUAACGCUCAUUGAUAUGCAGAACAAUCUGUGAAUGGGUGUGAGGCUGUCUUUGGAAGUGAACCGUAAAAAGUCAAGCCGCUUCGGGUGAGCUCGUAUAGGAUUUCGGUUUGGAGAUGGUAGUGUUAACCUGUUGAACCAACGAUUCGGAAAAAUGCUGAAAGUCACCGUCCAACAGGCUACUAGCCUCCCAGACGUCGAUUCUUUUGGAAAGAGUGAUCCCUAUGCGAAAGUCAUCUUCCAAGGAGAUGAAAAGAAAACAGAAGUUCAAAAGGACAAUUUGGAUCCGGUCUGGAAUCAGGAUUUCCAAUGGGACCUUUCGGGCAAACCCUUGUCCCCGGAUGACAAGCUUUCGGUUGAGGUGAAGGACUAUGAGAAGGUUAUGACAAGAAAGCUCCUGGGUAAGGUUGAAGUGCCUCUAGGAGAGUUGCUUUCAAAUAACGAGAUUGAAAGAAGUUAUGACCUUGUGGAUGGCAAAAACAAUCCUACCUUGGGAAAAAUUAUGCUGAAGCUGGAGUACUCAGCCCCUCCUGGAACUGGCGGUGACAGUGGAGGCGGAGGAGGGGGCGAAGAGGCCGGAGAAGAAGGAGAAGAAGGUUAUGAAGAGGAAGAGGAAGGCGAGGAAGGGGCUGAGGGAGAAGAGCCUGGAAAACCAGGGCAGCCUAAAAGACGGAAGAGAAGGAAACCAACUCGACGAGGAGGCAGAAAAUGGUCGACUAGAGUUCAAGACUUUCAGAUCCGUAUUCGAAUCCUUGAAGGUCGCCAGUUGGUAGGCAACAAUAUCCAUCCAGUGGUUCGAGUGACUGUCGCCGGUCAGCGGAGAGAAACAACAGUGAAACGGUCCACAAACAAACCGGUUUACAAUCAGACAUUUUUCUUCAAUUUCCACUUGUCUGAAGCUGAGCUGUUUGAUGAUUUGGUUUCUCUCGAGGUGUUCAACUCUCGAAAGCUGCGUUCGGACUCCCUUCUCGGCUACUUUGAGUGUGACAUUGGAAGCAUUUCUGUAAUGAAAGGUCACUCGUUUGUCCGUAAGUGGGUUUUACUUUCUGGACCAGCGGACAAAGAUGAAGAGGAGGAAGAAGGAGGAAAAUCCAAGAAAACACGUGGCGGAGAAACGCCAGCAGGUUACUUGAAAGUCACCGCUAUGGUUCUUGGUCCUGGGGACGAGCCACCGCCUGCAGCAAAAGCAGAACCCAAAGAUCAAGAAGAUGACAUCGAGUCUAACCUCCUGAUGCCGUUGGGUGUAACGCGACAGUCAGCUGUCUUCACGCUCAAAGUUUAUCACGCAGAAGACCUUCCACAAAUGGAUACCGGAAUUGGACGAAGCUUCAAGAAAUUCUUCAGCUUCUUUUCAAGCGAUGAUGACAAAGAGGACGAGGAAAGCAAAGGAAAAAAAGGCCUUGUAGAUCCUUACAUGGAAUUCAGCUUUUGUGGAAAGAAGGCAACAACUUCCACCAUAUAUCACGACAGUAACCCAGAAUUUAAACAGUUACUCAAGAUUCCUCUGAUGCUCCCUUCGAUGUGCGAGAGAAUCAAGCUGCAGAUGUUUGAUUGGGACCGAGGCUCUACAGAUGACUGUAUUGGUACAGCGUUCAUCAACUUGUCUGCGAUCGCUGGACAAGGAGACUCAAGCGAAGGGUUUCUGCCCCAGUUCGGUCCAUGCUUUGUCAAUUUCUAUGGUUCCACCAGGGAGUUCACAAAUCUUCCAGAUGAACACGAUGACCUAAAUAAAGGAAUUGGAGAGGGCGUGGCAUAUCGGGGACGUGUUCUUGUAGAGCUGACCACGACUCUGAACGAAGACGUCAAGGCUCCGACGGCCGUGUUGGCAAAUGAAGACAUAAUUAGUGCUCAGCUCCCUUCGAUGUGCGAGAGAAUCAAGCUGCAGAUGUUUGAUUGGGACCGAGGCUCUACAGAUGACUGUAUUGGUACAGCGUUCAUCAACUUGUCUGCGAUCGCUGGACAAGGAGACUCAAGCGAAGGGUUUCUGCCCCAGUUCGGUCCAUGCUUUGUCAAUUUCUAUGGUUCCACCAGGGAGUUCACAAAUCUUCCAGAUGAACACGAUGACCUAAAUAAAGGAAUUGGAGAGGGCGUGGCAUAUCGGGGACGUGUUCUUGUAGAGCUGACCACGACUCUGAACGAAGACGUCAAGGCUCCGACGGCCGUGUUGGCAAAUGAAGACAUAAUUAGUGCUCAGCCCUUCCUAAGACGUGAAAGGUACAAGCUGUUUGUCUGUUUCUAUGAAGCACUGAUGGUCUCUGAAACUGACGGACCUAUCGAAUUUGAAGUUAGCAUUGGAAACAAUGGAAAUAAGUUUGAUGAGUCGGUAGCUCCGUGUAACACUCCUUCUUGCAAUGCUGUGUAUGACGGCUGCCACUAUUACUACCUCCCGUGGGCUCAAGAUAAGCCCUGUGUGUGCGUGGAAUGCUCCUGGGAGGACAUCGCCUUCAGACUUGAGCCCAUAAACAUCCUGAACAGACUGGGGGAGCGCUUGCGCGAAUCUUUAUCUCGACUCAAGCAAGCGGCUGAACUGUCUGAAGUUAGUGAUGACCCGAAGUUGAAAGACAUGCUCUCUUCUCUGUUCGACAAUCUUGUCAGAGACUGCAGAAACGAAUUGUCUCGUUUUGAAAAUGAAAUUCCCAAGCUUGCUGGCAAAAGAAAUCAACUGGACAUGAAGCUGCACCAAAUGAGAGUAGACGAAUUUAAAUUCAUGUUAGAUGAUAUCGGUGCACUGCAGUGGAAGUUAGCACCGCCAUUAGAGGGUGAAUUGGAAAAGGAUGAAGUGGACAUCAACGAAAUGUUGGCCGAGAUUGAAAGUUACUUGCAGAGAAUUGAAGACUUAGCUAUUGAGCCUCAAGUUAGUAUGCCAGACGUGAUCAUAUGGAUGAUCAGCGGAGAGAAGCGAGUUGCUUACUACAGAAUGCCAGCACAUCAGCUGUUAUUUUCAGAGACCGAAGUGGCGUGUGGAAAGUACUGUGGAAAAACUAUUGAGCUUCAAAUGAAGUAUCCUGGUAAGAAAGGAAAUGAUGUGAAAGAGCACCCAGAACUUCCCGCCAAACUGCGUGUAGAGAUGUGGUUGGGAUUGGAGAAACAGCAGCAGUACUGGACUGCACGACCCAAGACUGAAGGCGACUUCUGUGUGUUUGCUGAGACGUACGAGAAUGAAGUGAAGAUCGCCAGCAAGUGGACCCAUAAACUGUCGACUCGUGCUCAAUUUUCUGAUGCUUCUGGAGACCUGGAACUACCACAGGACAAAUUUCUUCCGCCUGAUGGAUGGAAGUUUGAAGGUGGCUGGCAAAAGAAACCAGAGUUGAGUUUGUUCCAUGACCCAGAUGAGGGUCACAAGGAAUUCUUGGUUGAAGCAUUUGAAAAUCAAUCCAGAAGCUUUCCUGGUGGAGACUUUAAACCGGCGGACAAGAACUGGACUGACGUGAACGGAGAAGACGUAGCACCUCCAGCCGGUCAACAACCUCCUCCCGGCUGGGCCUGGAAGAUGAAGGACUGGGAGGUAGAUAGGAAUAGAGCAGUUGAUGCAGAAGGUUGGGAGUACGGUGUAAAUCCAACAUAUGGCGUGUAUGGACCAGUAAUGAAGGCGUAUCACAUGUGCAGGAGGAGGAGACUCGUGCGAAUCAGGGAGCUUUUGGAUGCAAAAGCAACGAAAAAACAGGAUCAAUUACAGAAGCUUUUGGCUGAGGGGUGGGGCUACGCCCCAUUGUUCACCAUGAAGUUUCACGCCAAAGAGAAGAAACUGGAUUUCGUGCGAAGAAGGCGCUGGUUGUUGAAGAUGGUUCCAACUUCUGGAACGAUUGAUGGCUUUUCUUGCACUCUUCCACCUGUACUGCGAGUGCAACUCAAAGCCAAGGACAGAGAAAGCGCGCUAUGUUUGUCUCCAAGGAUGUUUGUGUCGUUCAAGAAGCCUCACAAGUAUCAGUUAUGGGUGUAUGUCUACCAAGCACGUGACCUUGUCGCCAAAGAUGAAACUGGAAUGAACGAUCCCUACGCAAGGGUAGCUUUUGCAAACCAGAGUCAAGUGACGUACACUGUUACCCAGAGUCCCUGCCCCACCUGGGAUCAAACCCUGCUUUUUACAAGCGUGGAGAUCUGUGAAGAUCCAGAGAACGUGAAACGGAAUCCUCCAAGUGUGGUGGUCGAGUUGUAUGAUCAUGAUAACGGCCUGGGAAAAGAUGAUUUCCUUGGUCGCUGUAUGCUUUUUCCCAAAGUUCGACUUAAGGGAAUUGAAGCCCCUGAACCUAAAUUGCUGUGGCACAAGGUGAAGCGUGGAGGCCAAGAUGGCGGUGAGAUCCUGGCUGAGUGCGAGUUAUUUUUGGACGAAGGAGCAAAGCUGCCCCACCCUCCCGCCCUGCGAGGAGACGUGUACCCUGUACGUAGCAAAGUGAGACCUGUGGUACAAAGGACAGCGGUGGAGGUUCUUUGUUGGGGUGUAAGAAACAUGAAGAAAUACCAGAUGGUAAAAGUGACAUCGCCUUCAAUCGAGUUUGAAUGCAUGGGUGAAGUCAUCCCAUCAACCGUUAUCGAAAACACGAAGAAGACGCCAAAUUUUGCAGAGCCACUCUUAGAAAGGAGGAUACUUAACCUACCAGUGGAAGAUCUGUACUCGCCACCAAUCAACAUCCGGGUUAAAGACAACCGUGCAUUUGGUCGUAAGCCAUUGGUUGGCAUCCACUCAGUCAAGUCUCUUGGACCCUUCAAGUGCAAGCUGCCUUCACAGAAAACAGCUGAAGACGAAACUGAAGUGGAUGAAGUACUUGUGGAUUUAACUGAUGGCCCACCCCCUCAGAAAAAGAUUUGGCCAGAGAUAAAGGAGGCUGAAGAUGCUCCACCACCGGCAGAUGCAAAAGCGAAAGCAAAGGCGGAUAAGGAAAAGAGAAAGAAACUCAUCGAUGAAGCAAACAGGUUUGACUGGUGGUCUAAGUACUUUGCUUCAGUGUCUGGGGCAGGUGGAGCUGCGAGAGUGUCUAAAGGAGAAAAGCUUGUUGGGUUGUUCACUACCGACAAAGCAGGCGAUAAGGCUGACUUUCAAGACCACACGAGGAAAUAUUUGUCAAAGGGCUACGACACACUCAAGAUUUAUCACAGGGAACUGGAGAAGGUUCCAGAGUUCAAAGGCUUCAACGACUUCAUUGCAACCUUCCCACUUUAUCGCGGAAAGACCAAGUCGUCGAAAGACGACGAAGACGAUGACGGCACCGUCGGUGAAUUUAAGGUGCGAAGACACCUGUACUUUAACCAGGGUACCGUGAAGCUUGACGAAGGAGCAAAGCUGCCCCACCCUCCCGCCCUGCGAGGAGACGUGUACCCUGUACGUAGCAAAGUGAGACCUGUGGUACAAAGGACAGCGGUGGAGGUUCUUUGUUGGGGUGUAAGAAACAUGAAGAAAUACCAGAUGGUAAAAGUGACAUCGCCUUCAAUCGAGUUUGAAUGCAUGGGUGAAGUCAUCCCAUCAACCGUUAUCGAAAACACGAAGAAGACGCCAAAUUUUGCAGAGCCACUCUUAGAAAGGAGGAUACUUAACCUACCAGUGGAAGAUCUGUACUCGCCACCAAUCAACAUCCGGGUUAAAGACAACCGUGCAUUUGGUCGUAAACCAUUGGUUGGCAUCCACUCAGUCAAGUCUCUUGGACCCUUCAAGUGCAAGCUGCCUUCACAGAAAACAGCUGAAGACGAAACUGAAGUGGAUGAAGUACUUGUGGAUUUAACUGAUGGCCCACCCCCUCAGAAAAAGAUUUGGCCAGAGAUAAAGGAGGCUGAAGAUGCUCCACCACCGGCAGAUGCAAAAGCGAAAGCAAAGGCGGAUAAGGAAAAGAGAAAGAAACUCAUCGAUGAAGCAAACAGGUUUGACUGGUGGUCUAAGUACUUUGCUUCAGUGUCUGGGGCAGGUGGAGCUGCGAGAGUGUCUAAAGGAGAAAAGCUUGUUGGGUUGUUCACUACCGACAAAGCAGGCGAUAAGGCUGACUUUCAAGACCACACGAGGAAAUAUUUGUCAAAGGGCUACGACACACUCAAGAUUUAUCACAGGGAACUGGAGAAGGUUCCAGAGUUCAAAGGCUUCAACGACUUCAUUGCAACCUUCCCACUUUAUCGCGGAAAGACCAAGUCGUCGAAAGACGACGAAGACGAUGACGGCACCGUCGGUGAAUUUAAGGGAGCGUUCCGUAUCUACCCUGUUCCUGACGAGACCACCGAGCUUCCUGAAACCAUGUUCACUAACCUUCCCAGCAGUGAACCAAUUGAAUGCACAGUGCGAGUCUACGUUGUCCUGGCAACUGAACUCCAGCCACAGGAUCCUAGUGGACUGGCUGACCCCUACCUCAUUGUUUCCCUUGGAAAGAAAAAAUACGAUGAGCAAGAAAAUUUCAAACCCAAUACACUCAAUCCAGUGUUUGGAAAGACGUUCGAGUUUAAAGCGUCCAUACCUCAAGUAAAGGAUCUGAAGAUCCAAGUCAUGGAUUACGACUACCUCAGCAGAGACGAUUUGAUUGGUGAAACUGUGGUGGACCUGGAACAGAGGCUCUUGUCUCGCUUUCACGCAAAAUGUGGUUUGCAGAAGACCUACUUUAUAUCUGGACCCAAUGCAUGGCGUCACUGUGAGAAGCCAUUUAAGAUCCUGGAGAGGUAUUGCGAGAUGACCUUAAAGCCUUUCAAAUACUUCGCAGGAAAAAAGGAGAAUCCUGACAGGAUCAUUAUUGGAGACAGAGAAUACACCUUGAGUCAAUUUGAGGAAGGAACUCCUCCAGCGGGCGAGGUUGGAGCUGCUCAUGAACGUUUGGCUCUUCACAUUCUGCACACGUUCAAUUUGGUGCCCGAACACGUUGAAACCAGAUCCUUGUACAGUCCGGUUCAGCCAGAUAUCGAGCAGGGUAAACUUCAAAUGUGGGUCGACAUCUUUCCAAAGGAAGACGGUGCUCCGAAACCACCUGUUGUUAUCCAAGAACGGAAACCCAUCAAACAAGAGUUGCGUGUCAUCAUCUGGAAUACUACUGACGUCUUGCUAGAGGAAGAGUCGAUCACAGGAGAGAAGAUGAGUGACAUUUAUGUCAAGGCAUGGCUCGAUGUCCAAAACGAGAAACAGAAGACUGAUGUGCAUUACAGAUCACUGGAUGGCAGUGGCAACUUCAACUGGAGGAUGGUGUUCCCCUUUGAUUAUAUGCCAAUUGAGAAGAAGUUGGUCGUUAAAAGAAAGGAACACUUCUGGAGCCUUGACGAGACAGAGGAGAAAGCCAAACCAAAACUUAGACUCCAGAUCUGGGAGAACGACACGUUUUCUAGUGACGACUUCAUAGGUGAGAGGGAAUUGGAUCUGAGUGAGUUGGAUAAGCCUUGUCAAAACUCUGAUCACUGCGGCAAAGAAAAGAAAGAUCCGGGUCUUAUUGGUCAGACCCUUGACUUGUUUGUUCAGAAGAGUUCGAGGGGUUGGUGGGCCUGUUAUAAACGCGAUACAACAGACCCAGCCGCACCUCCAGUGUGCUCCGGUAAAGUUGAGAUGACUGUUGAGUUACUUGCGGGAUACGAAGCAGCAGCAAAACCCGCGGGACAAGGGCGAGAGGACCCAAACCAGCACCCUGUUCUAGAGGAACCAAAUCGUCCUGCUACCUCGUUCCUGUGGUUUACAUCUCCGUUCAAGACCCUGCGAUACAUUAUUUGGCGACGAUAUAAAUGGAUCCUCCUUAUUCUUCUCAUCUUAAUCAUCAUCGGCCUGCUCCUUGGCAUCUUCUUCUACAGUAUGCCGGGUUACACCGUCAAGAAGUUAUUUGGCGUCUAAAUGCAAACCAACUACGACAAUGGACGGGCACGCCGGAUGGCCCCCUUUUCUUUCCUCACAGUUUAAAUUUCAAGAUUUCGUUAAAAUAUAUUGGCCCAGCAGCUAUGAACAUAAUCAUAAAUACGAGUAAAUGUUCUGCGUAUUAAAGAAAAGUCAAUUCUGGUUAGUUUUCCCAUACAAAAUUUUCCCGUCUAUUUCUCAUCUUACGUUGAUCUUUCCCAUCAAGGCAAAAGGGGCGAUCGGGUACAAAAGCUAUAUUUUUGUAUGAUGUGAAGAAUUAUUCAAGACCAAAUUUCUAUAUUGUUCUGUGCGCAAAAGUUCAGAGGUUAUCGUUUAACCUAAAAAUCGUUAGUUCUUAGUAAAGGUGCCGCUCUACGUUUUCAUGGUGAUGGGAAUUCUUCUGGUUUAAACUUUCCUGUAAUUACUCUUGCCUUGUUAUGUUAGGUUAGUCAAGUUCCAACGAAAAACGUAAUAUUCUAAAUCAAGUCAGACUGUAUAUAUACGGUCUAAAAAAAUCAUUAUAAUGAUACCGAAUUUUUGGUCAAACAGUAAUUGAAAGUCAAGGUCAAAUUUGUCAUUGAUAUGAUACUAUUUUGCACGUAGUGUCUUAAGUAAAAUAAAAUGAAAUGCUGCGUAAAGUUGCAACUCGUUAA